AACACACGAUGAAAAUUUAACAAAAUGAAUUUUAGGAGAAAACCAAUAUUAGGCCAAUUUUUCAUCGAGACGAACUGGGCUGGACGGGCUUUAAAAAUCAGGCCUGUGCAGAGCUCCAGCGCGCACGGUAAACCAUUUGAAGUGCACGCGCGCGAUAAACGGUUGUAACAAUUAUACAUAUUAUUAUGUUCGCUCGCUCGUGCAUCGUCUGCCGCUGUAGAAAUUGUCAUAACACCGCUCGAAACUAGUUGAACAUAAUCGCGUAAGUUGCGUGCGACUGCACUUUGGUCACCAACAUCGUAAAACGUUAUCUGUGACGUACACAGAUAUUUUACACUGUGCACCGAGGACGCUCGCACAACCUAGUCAUUUUUAUAGUCCGCAGUAGUACGGGAGUGUAAUAACGCGGUCGCGACGAUCGCCUGUAGUUCGUCCACUUUCUUUUCUCAUACGUUUCGUGGCACCGGCGUUAACGUUGCUAUAGCCGGACACUGUUCGUGGUUCAUUUUUUUUUUUCACUCUUCAUUCCUCCGCACCGAUAACGCAGCUCCGCUUGAGACAUGACUUACAAAUUAACAUACUUCGACGUUAAAGGUCGUGCCGAAAUAAUCAGAUUCCUCUUCUCGUACAUGAACGUCGACUUCGAGGACCGGCGCAUCGAACGCGAACAAUGGCCGUCGAUCAAACCGACGACACCGUUUGGCCAAUUACCGUUGCUAGAAAUCGAUGGGAAGGAACUCAAUCAGUCUCUGUCUAUUAGCCGAUACUUGGCGAAAAAGGCGGGUCUAGCGGGAAAGGAUGAAUGGGAAUCGUUAUUGAUUGAUAUAGCAGUAGAUAACAUCAAUGAAAUGAGACAAGUUAUUAUAAAUUAUUUUCACGAAAAAAACGAGGAUAUCAAGUCCAAACAGAUCAUUACUAUUGUUAAUGAGACUAUUCCAUUCUACGUGGAGAGAUUUGAGAAAAUUAUUUCUGAAAAUGACGGUUACUUUGUAAAUGGAAAGUUAUCUUGGUCUGACUUAUACUUUGUAUCUAUUUUGGAUACAAUCCAACACGUAACCAAAGUUGACUUGAUUGAGGGCCACCCUCAUUUAACAUUACUUAAACAAAGAGUGUUAGCUGUUCCUCAAAUCAAAUCGUGGAUUGCGAAACGGCCGAACCCAGUUUAUUAAAAUGUUGUGAGCCAUAUUAUUAUACAAUUUUUAACUAAUUACUAUAUAAUGUAUACUAAAUACACUAAAUAUAUAAU